GGGCACUUUGAAUCAAACAUAAGUUCAAACACAGACAGGAGCAGAGGACACGGUGAGCGUAUUUUGUGACUAUGGCUAAACGAUGGUGGUACAGGCUUGUUGUUGUUCUGUUGAUGCUGUGGGUUUUGAGUGAAGUCGGAGAAGGACAAAUGAGUCGAGCCCGCCCUCAAAGACCUAAGAAGAAAAAAAAUCCAGAAGAUGAAGAGAUCCCAGUGCCACAGGAAAUUAACAUAGACAUCAAUCAGAUGUUGGGGAAGUGGUACCUGCUGAACAUGGCUUCCAAAUGCUCUCACCUCUUGACCCACGGACACAACGCAGAGGCCACCACCGUGACACUAGACCUGACCACGUUUGGAAAAGAACAAAAGCUGUCUGUCAAAACUACAACAAGACAUAAUCAUCAAUGUUGGGAGAUCCAUCAGCACUAUGAUUUUACAAGCAACAGCGGCUUCUUCACACUUAAAGGAAACAACCCAAAAAACGACAUCAAAGUGACAAUACUGGACACGGAUUACAUUUCCUAUGCGAUAUUAGUUUAUGAGGUGCAGAUGAGUAAAGUGAGAAAAACGACCAUGAAGCUAUUUGCCAGGAGCGUAGAAAGACUGCAUGAACCAACACUGCUUAAGUUUGAAACCACUGCUGCAACCAGGAAUUUUGGACUCGCUUAUAUGUUUCCCUUUCCAACUUAUAGUUAUUGUGACACUGUGGAUGAGGAACAUAUCAUCAAUUGCAUCCCAACAUGUUGAAGCACAGCCCUGAAGAAGUCAAGAUCAGCAAAAAUGUUAAAUGAAAUAAAUAGUGGUUACUGC